AUGACCCUCACAAGACCCCGCACCCCCCAAAUCACCAUAAUCGGCUCCCUAAACAUCGACUUCGUAACCGCAACCCCGCGCUGCCCAGCCGCAGGCGAAACCCUCACAGCAACCUCCCUAACCGUCUCCGCCGGCGGCAAAGGCGGAAACCAAGCAGUCGCCUGCGGCCGCUCCUCCUUCACAUCGCGGACAACCCAAGAUGUCACCGUGAACAUGAUCGGCGCCGUCGGCGCGAACGAUCCAUACUACAGUACGCUCCUGAAACCGGCUCUGGAGACCUCCGGCGUUGAUACUGCUUCCAUUGAGCAGUCUGAGCACGCGCAGACCGGCUCGGCGACUAUUAUCGUUGAGGAGGGGAGUGGUGGUGAGAAUCGCAUUCUUGUGGUUCCUGGAGCCAAUCAUGCGGGCCUUAUGGGUGAUAUGGGGAAUAUUGUUGCGGCCUUACGGGCGCAGGAGAGAUACCCCGAUAUCGUGGUUUUGCAGGGUGAGAUCCCGCGGGAGACUACUCUUUCGUUGUUGAGCUAUUUCAAUAGCGGGGAGAAGGGCGCGAAGGUGGCUUUCAACCCUGCACCUGUUUUCCCGGAUGGAGUUCCGCUUGAGAAGCUUUGUGGUACGGCGGUGUUGAUUAUGAAUGAGACGGAGGUCGUGCAGAUGGCUAGGUCUAUUCAGGGACUUCCUGUUGGUGAUGUUGUUGAGGGGGAUGAUCUGCGGCCUGAGGAGUUGGCGCCGCAGUUCCAUGAGCGUGCUGGUGUUGAGAUUGUGCUUAUUACGCUUGGCGCGAAGGGUGUGUACUUCUCGACGAAGACCGGUCGCACUGGGACUGUUGCUGGUGUGAAGGUGGCUAAGGUUGUGGAUACCACUGCCGCGGGCGAUACAUUUGUUGGGUACUUUGCGACUGCUGUGGCGCGCUUCUUGGCUUCUGGGAAGGGGCUGGAGGCAUUUGAUGAGGAGAUCGAGGCUGCGGUUUCGAGGGCAAAUUCUGCGGCUGCGAUGUGCGUGCAGCGUCGGGGUGCUAUGCAGAGUAUUCCUUUUGCAUAUGAUUUGGAAUGA